AGAUGGCGAUAGGCAGAGCCAGCACUCAAAUUAUACAGGCACAGUGGAAGGAUGUCGCCAGCGAAGCAGCUCUCAACGGCAAUAUUCCUUGUUUUGAUUAUUGUAGUGCUGGCAGACUUGCCGGUUGUAGUUUCCGGUGCCGGUGAAGUCCGCAGAGCUGACUUCCCUGAUACUUUCGUUUUUGGUGCCGGUUCUUCUGCUUAUCAAGUUGAAGGAGCAGCAUUUGAAGAUGGAAGGAUGCCUAGCAUUUGGGACACCUUUGCUCAUGCUGGUAUUUAUGGAGGAGCCAACGCAGAUGUAUCUUGUGACGCAUACCACAAAUACAAGGAAGAUGUAAAACUCAUGGCUGAUACGGGGUUGGAAGGGUACAGAUUUUCCAUUUCGUGGUCGAGACUUAUUCCCGAUGGAAGAGGUCCUAUUAAUCCUAAAGGAUUACAGUAUUACAACAAUCUCAUCGAUGAACUCCUCAGUCAUGGAAUUCAACCACAUGUUACUUUAUGUCACAGUGAUCUACCACAAGCACUUGAAGAUGAAUAUGGGGGAUGGAUGAGUCGAAAGAUAAUCGAUGACUUCACUGCCUAUGCGGAUGUGUGCUUCAAGGAAUUUGGUGACAGGGUUUUGUAUUGGACUACCUUAAAUGAAGUCAAUGUGUUCACUAUAGGUGGUUAUGAUAAUGGGUUAACACCCCCAAAUCAUUGUUCUCCACCUUCCGGAAUUAGACCCUGUUCCAUAGGUAACUCUUCAACCGAGCCAUACAUAGUAGCUCAUAAUAUACUACUCGCCCAUUCAGCUGCCGUGAGACUAUACAGGAGAAAGUACAAGGUAUCCCCUUUAAACAUCAUAUCAAAUAAUCUCUGCGAAAUUAAUAGUGUACUAAAGCCCCAAAUUUUUGCUAAUAGUGUGCAUGUUCCAAUGCAGUCAACUCAACAUGGUUUUGUGGGAUUAAAUCUCUUUGCAUAUCGGCCUCUUCCUUAUACAAAUACAACAGCUGAUACAAUUGCAGUACAACGAGUUUAUGAUUUUUACAUAGGCUGGUUUGCCAAUCCCUUAAUGUUUGGCGACUAUCCUGACAUAAUGAAGAGGAAUGUUGGCUCUAGAUUGCCCAAAUUCACAACAGAAGAGUCUACGCAAGUUAAAGGCGCUAUAGACUUCAUAGCCCUGAACCAUUAUCAAACAGUACAUGUCAAAGACAGCCCCAGCAGCCUGGGACUUAAAAUCAGGGACUUCAAUGACGAUGGAGCAUUUGAAGUUAUAUAUACUGAUGAUGAUUCUCCUCCAGGUCAGACUGAGUAUCCAGUGACACACCCGGGGCUAGGAGGAGUAUUACAAUAUCUCAAGCAAGCUUAUGGCAACCUACCUAUAUAUAUUCAUGAAAAUGGUCAAAUGACACCACGAAAUGCGACGUUAAAUGAUACAAGUAGGGUACUGUAUCUGCAAGCUUACAUUGGGAAUUUGCUUGAUGCUAUGAGGAAUGGAUCAAACGUCAAAGGCUACUUCAUGUGGUCGUUCCUAGAUUGUUUUGAGUUAAUGGACGCAUAUGGUUCGGGAUUUGGUCUAUACUAUGUGGAUUUGGAUGACAAAGAAUUACGAAGAUAUCCAAAGCUUUCUGCACAUUGGUACUCUAAUUUCUUGAAGGGGCAAGGUUCCAAACAUAGUGCAGUUUAUAAGAUUGAGGACAACAAAGUACUUCAUUCUUCCCAAUAAGUAUUUUGUGGUUGCCAAUAUAUCUCACAACAAUGAUGUAUUUCAGAAAUAUCAGCUGAUUUUGUUUCCAAUUCUUGCAUACAGUAAUUCAUCAGGUCUAAAUUAGUCGUGUAACCUUGUAUAAUCAUAAUCCUAAUAGUGAAUUAUUUAUAAUCUGGAGGCAGCA